AUGUCAAACAUGCACAGCUCGGCGCACAGCAGCGCUUCUCCCGCUGCCUCCAUAGGAGCCAGUCAGUCCUUUCAGACCUCGACACCCACUGCGUCAAGUAGCAGCUCGUUGCGCAAACGAGGACACGCAAGAAGAACGUGCAUAGAGUGCAGGACCAAACGUACCCGAUGCGAUCUUCCCGACCCAUCCGUGCCCUUCUCCGAAGAACCAUUGCCACCUGCAAAGACUUGCCACAGGUGCAAGACGCUAGGCGUGGACUGCAUUGUCUCACAGGAAGGUCUGAAACGGCAGAAGAAACAGGCGCGGGAAGGGCAUGCUGCGGGGGUCACCAAGAGCACCGAGGGCGAUCACAAUAGCCCAGAGGCGGCAGCACGAGGUGUGAAGCGAAAAGAGCCGGCCACCGACACCUCACCAGCAGCAGCAGCCGCCGUACAUGCUGCUCAGGUCAAGAAGCGGGCUACGGUGUUGACGUCGAGCAAAAAGAGAGAGGGUGGGGACGAGGAGCAUGGCAAGCAGGCUGCUGCCGCUUCAUCUUUGCUAUCGCGCCACCCUUCCUCCGCCGCAUCACCCAGCGCUCGCCCUGAUGGUACUGAUGUGUCGAGACGCUCCGCGGGCGGAUCACCGAUCGAAGGACCUCCUACGAGCGGAGCAUCCAAAGCCAUAUUCAUCGGUCCAUUCUGCGACACCAUCUCCGCUUAUGUCGCAGCUGCUAGCGGCGAUGGCAGAUCAGCAUCCAAAUCUCCCUUGGAUCGCAGGAUAGAUCUUCCUGGACUAGCGCCAGGUACCAGCAUCUCUGGGUCUGGCUUGACGCUUCCCGAUCUGACCAGCGCGCCAAGGACGACCCGGAUCAGCUUCGGGCCACCAAAAGAGCGCAUGACGUCGGCCAAGAUGUUUGCUCGAAGACCCCUGAUGCUGCUCAGCGAAAUGCUGCAGCACCACGAAGGUUUCGGAUGCAAAUUGCAUCUCAGCACAAAGGAUUGCCCCGACGAUGUGCUGAGCAUCGUGAACGAUGGACUGGCAGCCAAGCUGGAGCCCCGCAUGCAAACGCAUUUGGUCUUUCUGCCCGCUCUACCCGAUCCAGCCGUGCUGCGCCAAGCGCACAAGAGCAACCCUACAGUCUGGUCCGGUUUGCUGCUCGCUGUGCUCUACCUGAUCUCCGAACCGAUGCGGGAGAGUACAGAGUCUGGAAAGACUUUGAUGGCGCUCAUUGCUCGAGACGCUGCUUGCGUCAUGGCUUCUGCUCCGCGCGACAGGCACGCCAUCGCCGCGCUCGAGCUCUUGGCGCUCCACAUUCCGCUCGUCCUAGCUCAAGCAUCGUGCGUUCGCGGAUCUCAUCUGCGUCCAGAGAUGCGCGUGACGGGAGAAGGCUUCAUUUCGGUCGCGAUCAGCAUAGCUAGGUCGAUGGAUCUGCACCUCGCUCCGCAAGAAGUGUUGGAGCUGCAAAAGGAGAUUCAGGCUCUGCCCCGGCUUUCUGCUUUGAUCACUGAUCAGGAGAGAUCAGAGUAUAAGAGGGAAAGGGAAGAGCUGGACACGCUGCUCAGAGCUGCGGUGGAUGACGCAGCGCAGUGGUACAGCCUGUGCUGCUGGAGAGCCCACGCCGCUUUUGCAGAUCACGCCGUGCUGGAUCCACCGCCUGCUGCGGAAGGUGUGAGCGCUGUGCAGGUGCUCUGCUCCUCCAUCGCAUCUGGAGGCGGACAAGGAGAUGGCGGGCGGACAUCGCAAACGCUUCAGGCCAUAGGAAGAGCGGGUCUGGCUGGAAGGAUCGACUUUUUGGAGCUCAUCAUACGAUCUUGGCACACGCUUGCUCACGACACUUUUGCGGUAGAGCAGGAAGUAAAGCUGUACGAUGAUGCGUUGGAAAGAGCAGCUAGCGGUAUUUCGAGCUGUGUGCACAAGCACUGCGAAAAGUUUGAGGUGGAGGAAGAGGCCCUGAGCGAAUCGCGCGAACGUCUCUUGUGUAAGUCGCGCAUGCAAGCGGUCAGCGAUCUACGGGAAAAGAUUUCUGAUCUUGUUUUCCGGUAUCCCGCGCCGUCAGCGGAGUUCAAGUCCAAUCCCCACACACAGCGACUCAUGCACUGGCUCGACAUGGAGACCUACUCUUUCAAAUCGAUGUUUCUCAACUCUGGCUUCAAGCGCGUCGUCUUUGGGGCUGGAGGCAUGCUGCACGAACAGCUGGGCAGCACGACUGUAGGCGUAGGCUCGAGGGCAUUUAGACGACGAGCUACAGCUGCUGCGGCUGUAGAUCGCCCCAUGGCUGCCUCGGAUGUGGUCAGACUGGUACGAGAUGACCCCAAUAUUCAUUACUACGCUACUCGUUGGGGAAGGUGAGGACUCGGAGCUCGAACAGCGAGGCAGGAUUCAUCUGGCUGACUUGUCCCCCUCCCUCUCUCUCUCACACACACACAGCAUCAUGGUACAUCUCAACGAACUCGCCAUCGAAUCUUGGCUCAAGAUUUGCAACUUUGAACUGCCAAAACCAAUCCGCAAUGCCAGCUUUGCGCGGCGCUCAGAUGCGGAAGGAGGCGCGUCGCGGGCAGUCUUUGUGGGCGGUGAUGUCGUUGGUAUCCCUACCGUUGGAAGCUGCGCGAUGCUCCUCGAUGGCGCUAAAUCGUGUACCGAGUGAGUAAAGCUGUUCAUCAGAUCAGAAGUGAGCAUUGCACUGACCGUUUCGGGACGGGUGCUGCCGCUGUGUCGCAGAUCUCAAGCAGCAACGAUCAUCGGAUGGCAUCAAACGUCGCCUCACAUCGACGGCAUCACCACCAUGAUGUCCAAAGCAGCUCGCAGCACUCAAGAAAUCUUCGCGACUCGUCAAUCCGCUCUCGCAUCUGGUACAAACGGUCCCAGAGCUGCGCUGGCACCAAUCGUCCACGCCCGUGUCGCUGCUGGAAACAUCUUGGCCACCACAGGGCUCAUCCUCGGCGCAAUGGCAGACGCGAUGGAGGAAUGGAGAGUCAUCUUGCUCGCCAAGCAGCGUGGUCCACCUCUCUUGCCCUUGGUUGGAGAGGCGGCAGAUGCAAAAGGAGGGUCCACGCUGAUGGAAGCUCACAAAGCCGUCGCUGCCGCUGAGAAGGGCACUCAAUUGGACAAGGCGGCUGCUCAAGCCGUCUCUCGUCUCGUCUCGGCUCGACGCGGCCAACAUCCUGAGUCUCAGGGACGACAGGGAGGCUUGGGGUCAAUGAGGUCCCAAGAUGCCAAGACUCAGUGUGAUCCACAACGGACUCAGAGUUAUACCUCUUCAUCUCUCAACAGUGAGACCUCCGAAGGUGUCGACACGCACCUCAGCCGUUCGGAGCAGCAAUCUACCCACUUUGGACCUGCUGCGCAAGAUCGAGAGGCAUGCGCUUUGCGACAGUCUGCGCCCGCUGGCACUCCGUUCCUUCCCGAGGACCUGGCUGGGCUGGCUAGCGGCGACGGUUCGAGGUCCAUGCAGCAAGCGAAUGCUCAGGUGGAAUGGAACCUUCCGCAAUGGCAAAUGCAAGGCGCUGCCGACUAUCGGGGCCCGAGAAGCGAGGAACACUUUUACAAUGGCGGAGGACCCGCCGGUUUGGCGCAGCAUUCUCAAAAUUUGCCAGCUAGCUCUGCCGUCGAUCUGAUGCUGGCUUCGAUGCUGGGAGAUCAUGUGCCCGACUGGACCUCUUUGUUGUCCGGUCCCUUGGGAUCCAUGUAUCCGCGCAGCGCCUGGUCCUCCGCCGACUCGCGGUCCAACGACGAGCCUGUCCUGCAGCAACAAGGCCAGCGAGAGCAGAUGCAAUACUCGGAGCCGUCCACAAUGGCCUCUCUGAACGAUUCGUAUUAUGAUCUACAGCAGCAGCAGCAGCCUCAAGCUCAAAGCGCAUUCUUUGCUAGCCCGUCCGAAGGGCAGGCAUUGAGUCAGGUGCUUGCCAGCACGCCUAGCACAAACUUUGUCGCCCACCAUACCCAACACGCUGAAUCCUUUUUUCGCAAUCUUCACCCGCCGCAGCAACAAUCCACCAUGUACCGCUGA